AUGGGUUGGGAUAUUUUUAGAUAUUACGGACAGUGCAAAGAUGAAAACGCCAUUACGGAAGAGCGUAGAUCAUAUGUGCUUAAGAUCGGUCGAUGGGUAACAAGAAAGAGUCUUGUGCGUGCUGAAAGCAAGAAUGUAGCAUGGGACCAUUAUAAUGGACCAAAAAUCCCGGAGCGAUGUCUGUGUACUGGUGUCCCUUAA